CAGUCUGUUACUCGACCAGGAAAAAAGCUGUCCUCUCUCUCUCCAGUUCCUUUUUGUAUGUGGAGAGAGAGAGAGAGAGAGGGGAGAGAGCGAAGCUCUUUCCGUGGUGGAGAAAAAGAAAGAUUGCAUUUUGAGCAACACCAGUGUAAUAACGACAAACAUUCCGACAUUGUUAGGGUUUCUUAUGCUUUUUCCUCUCAAUGUCUAGCUCCGAAACUGGGAAGAAAGAAGAUCGAUUGUGCUAAAAAAGUCUGGACUUUAACCAGAAAUGGGAAGUUCCUAGUUCAAUUCCGAUCGGUCAAGUGGUGAGUUCUUCGACCUGAAGAAGAAGAAGAGGAAAGAUUCCGAGGAUAUCGUUCUCUGCCCAUGGAUUUGAAACCAUCAUGUUCAGUUGAAUGCUGGUAAACUCAGGCAUAUAGUUUUGGUUGUAUUUACUGUUUGGAGGAAUGAUGUCAGAUACAGUGCUCGAUUACGCUGUGUUCCAGUUGUCGCCAAAGCAUUCACGUUGUGAACUGUUUAUAUCAAGUAAUGGGCAAACAGAGAAGCUUGCUUCGGGAUUGAUUCAACCAUUUGUAACUAAUUUGAGAAUUCUUGAAGCACAAGCUGCUCAGGGAGUUCAGUCCUCUAUUAGGUUGGAGGUUGAAAAAAGUCAAGAUGCUGAGACUUGGUUCACAAAAGGGACACUCAAGAGGUUUGUCCGAUUUGUUAGUAAUCCAGAAGCUUUGGAAAGGGUCAAUACAUUUGAUUUGGAAAUGUCACAGUUAGAAGAAGCUCGGAAAUUAUAUACUCAGGAAAGCAAAGACCGGCAACGUGGUGGAUCAGAUGAUGGGGGAGGCAUGGCAGAUGCGACAAAGAAGGAGCUCUUAAGGGCCAUGGACAUAAGACUUGAUGGAGUUAAGAAGGAUUUAACCAUGGCAAUCUCUAAUGCAUUAGAAAGUGGUUUCAAGCCUGAUACUGUUUCUGCACUCCAACAAUUUGCUGACAGAUUUGGUGCACAUCGCUUGGAUGAAGCUUGCAACAAAUUUAUCACACUUUGGCAGAGAAGAUCGCACCUGAUCAACUCACAGAGCUUGAAUCUCAAUGCUCAAGCAGGUCAAUCAUCAUGGGCACCGGAUGUGUCAGUCAACACACCUAGUGAUGACCACACUGAUGUCCAUAAGCUGCCUGAAGAAAAUAGACACCAACAUAGGCUCGAACAAGCUGAUUUGAAACAGAAGCAAAACCCAACUGAGCAAUCAGAACAUCGAAUACAACAGUACUCAAAGAGUACCAAAAGGAUUGAAGAGGAGAAAAAAGAUGAGAGUUCCGUAGAAUCUUCUACAUUUCAGGCCAGCCACACUAGGCGACUCAGUGUCCAAGAUAGGAUCAAUCUCUUUGAGAGCAAACAGAAAGAGAUCUCAAAUUCUGGAGGAAAACCAGUACCUCAUGGUAAAGCCACAGAGAAGAGGAGACUCUCCUCAGAUGUUUCAUCAGCUCCUACAUCUUUUGAGAAGUCUGUAUUGAGAAGAUGGAGCAUUGUUAGUGACUUGAGUAUAGAUCUGGCCUCAGAAACAAAGUUGGACAGUAGCACCGAAACUCCUUCGUGUACACCAUUAUCUGUUCCUCAUGCCAAAGGUGAUUCAGCACCAAAGGAGUCUAAGGGAAAAGAUGAAAAAGGGGAAAAGGGUUCAGACAAUGAUAUUUUUUCUAUCAAAAUAGAGCCAAAGAGUGACUCAGAGAAUGUUGUUGACCAAGGGGCAUCUCAUCUCAGAAUGAAGAGUUCCACAGCAGAGCUAGAGAACAAAAUGGGUUCUGGAAUUCAAGUGACUUCUGGUGUGCCCACUGGAUCAGCCAUUGGUUCAAUUCUCUCUUCUGACGAACAUAUCGAAAGUAGUGUGGAUAUCAAAAUCAAAGAUUUCCAAUGUCAAAUCACUGAUGAGGACUUGGCUUCUCAGGCCCAGAAGAGAUUACUCAUCGGUAGAGGAGGAAAAAAAGUGGUCGUUCCAUCAGAGGGGCAACCAGCCUCAACAGAUUCCAAGAGAAUGGUAUCUCAGAAACCAGCCUCUGCAGGUUCUAAACAGAGAAAAAAAUCAUCUGGUGGAAAGGAUGAUGCUAGUGAUGGGAAUGGCAGGCUUGCUUCAGUAGGCCAAAAAAUCAUGGAUAGGGCUCCUAUGACUUCUGUGGAUCAAGUUCAGGGGACAAGAAAAUCAAAGGGAUACCAGGGGGUGAACAAUGUGUUGAAAAUGAAGGCAAAUGAGCUUGAAAAGAUUUUUGCGGAGCACAAACUUCGGGUUUCAGGGGAUCAAUCAAGUUCUUCUGGACAUGGCAAGCAGGGUGAAACCAGAGUUUUGCAGCCAGAACAGUCUCAUUCCUGCAGAGUUGCAGUAUCCAAAGCUCCUGUUCAACAGUUCCUUGACAAUGGGGAUGUACUGCAGCAGGACUUUCCCGAGCUUAGUUUUUCAGAUGAUUCGAGAGGAAAGCUCUAUGAGAAAUAUAUGAAGAAAAGAGAUGCAAAACAGAGAGAAGAAUGGAGUUCAAAAAGGGCUGAGAAGGAAACUAAGAUGAAGUCCAUGCAAGUGGCUCUCGAGCGAAGUAGGAGCGAGAUGAAAGCUAAGUUUUCUGCAUCUUCUGAGAGGCAGAAUUCGCUUUCAAGUACCCUCCAGCGUGCAGAGAGAUUCAGAUCUUUUAACUCUAGGACAAGUAUGAAAAAGUAUCAGCAUCCAAUAAGCUCAUUUCAGAGUGAAGAAGACGAAGAUUUCUCAGAAUAUUCAGAUCAGAAACCUCGGGCUAAAGAUAACACAUCUAAUGGACAAGCCAUUGGCAACAGAUUCUCUCGAAACUCCCAAGCUAGAAACCUCCAGCCUAACCACAAUGUGUCUUCUCUUAACCCCCGAACUACCAUGUCAAUUCCAAAACCAUCAGCUAAAGUAUUAAAUACCAAUUCCGGGAGGCGAAGAUCUGACAUGCCGCUUGCACAAUCUGUUCCCAACUUCUCUGAUCUCAAAAAGGAAAACACUAAGCCGUCUUCUUUCGUUGCCAAAACUGCCACCCGCCGUGUACAAGGGAGGAAUUCUGCACGCAGAAAGGAUCAGAAUGACGAUAUACCUGAUGUUAAGCAAGAAAAACAACGAAGAACACAAUCUUUAAGGAAGAGCUCCUCUGGGAAUGUGGAGUUCAGUGGGUUGUCCACUCUGUACUCUGAUGAUAUGCUCCCUGAAAGAGUUGACAAAGAGAAGAAUCAGAGAAAGAUCAUUGAUGUUGAUAAUGUUUCUGGAUUUGUGCCAGCGGUAAAGGCCUCAGAUACAUCUGAGGAUUUGAAAAAUGAAGGAAAUGAUGAACUUGACUCUGCGGUUGAAGUUCUGGAGAAUACAGCCAAAGAAGAGGAACCAGAAGAUCUAAAAGUGGUGGAAGUUGAAGAUGGUGAUGGGGACGAUGAGGGAAAGCUGAGAAUGAGAAAGGAAUAUGACAAACUCGAGAAUUCCAGGACUCAAGAUAGUUGUUCCUUGAGAUCCAAUUCUCGGAUUGAAAACGGUUCCAUCAUUGACAUGCCUACUGUACAUUCAACAAUUCAUACUGUUGCUUCAUUGAUGGACUCACCAGAAGAAAGCCCUCUCUCAUGGAAUUCGAACAUGCAACACCCAUUUGGCUAUUCAAAUGAACAUUCAGACAUUGAUUCUCCCCUCGGAAGUCCAGCAUCUUGGAGUUCUCGAACAAGAAAGAAAUGGGGAGCUGCUCAGAAUCCUGUUAUGGUUGCUAAUUCAUCUCAGCUUCAGUCCCGGAAGGAUUUAACUAAAGGGUUCAAACAUCUGUUAAAGUUUGGAAGAAAAAGCUGUGCUGCAGAAAGUUUUAUGGACUGGGUAUCGGUAACCACGUCUGAAGGAGAUGAUGAUGCUGAAGAGAGACGAGAUCUUGCCAACCGAUCAUUGAGUGAUCUGAGGAAGAUAAGAAUGGGUUCUUUACAAAGCCAUCUCUCUGAAGAUGGAUUCAACGACCAAGCCUCAAACAGCUCCAUUAAUGCUCCUCCCCCGAGCUUUAAAGUGAAGGAGGAUCAGAUCUCUGGAAGCUCGAACAAAGCACCAAGAUCAUCGUUCUUCUCACUCUCCUCAUUCCGUAGCAAAGGAAACGACUCAAAGCCAAGAUAAAAUAACCAAAACCCUUGUCGGAUUUGGUUUGCAUUGCCUGACAUGGAGAGUAUGGUCGUGGUGUAAAGAAUGCUAUAUUACAGAUAAAGAUAGAGAGAUUCUUGAGGUACGUUCCGUAAUAAAAACCUCAAAAGUACAGUCGUCCGUACGAAAUCUUCAAGUAUUUGUUAGUAGUUUAGGUACGUUUUCUUCAGGCGGAACCACAAAUGCACAGCUGGUGAUUUCUUCUAACGGGUUUCGUAGAUGAUUUUUGUAUUGAACAACAUAUACUUUGGUCCUAUGUAUAAUGACCAUUUUCUUGGCUUUUGUGGUAAACUCUAUUUUGAUUUACU